AUGACAGAAUCCUAUGCCGCAGUGAUCAUUGACAAUGGUACAGGUGUUUGUAAAGCAGGAUUUUCAGGGGAAGAUUCGCCAAGAUCAGCAUUUCCUGCUCUAGUUGGUCGUCCACGUCAUCAUGGUGUUAUGCUAGGUGCUAGUACAAAAGAAGCAUACGUUGGAGAAGAUGCACAAAAUCGUCGAGGUAUAUUAACGUUACAAUAUCCUAUUGAGCAUGGUGUUGUUACAAAUUGGGAAGAUAUGGAACGUGUAUGGUCUCAUACAUUCUACAAUGAAUUGCGUAUAGCACCAGAAGAACAUUCAUGCCUAAUUACAGAAGCAGCACUGAAUCCAAAAAUUAACAGAGAAAAAAUGGCUCAAAUUAUGUUCGAAACGUUCGGUGUUCCAGCCGUUUACGUUGCAAUUCAAGCUAUUUUGUCAUUAUAUUCCACAGGAAGAACAACAGGUCUUGUGUUAGAUAGUGGUGAUGGCGUUACACAUAUCGUACCAAUUUUUGAGGGAUAUGCAAUGCCACAUGCUAUUGAAAGAAUGGAUUUAGCUGGACGAGAUAUUACUGAUCAUUUGACAAAAAUUUUAAAAGAACGUGGUCACAGUUUCGAUACAACAGAAAUUGUACGUGAUAUUAAAGAGACACUGGCUUACGUUGCAUCUGAUUAUCCUGUCGAAUUGAACGCAGCAAAUCUUGAUAUGCAAUACAAAUUGCCCGAUGGUCAAACAGUCACUGUGGGCACGGAGCGAUUUCGUUGCGCUGAAAUUUUGUUUAAACCAAGUCUAAUUGGUAUGGAAGGUCGUGGAAUUCAUGAAGCCGCAUUCAGUUCAGUAAUGCAAUGUGACAUUGAUAUAAGAAGAGAACUAUUCUCAAGUAUGGUGUUAUCGGGAGGAAGUACGAUGUUUCCUGGAAUGGUCGAGCGACUUCAAAAAGAAUUAUCAUGUAAAGCGCCGUCUAGUGUAAAAAUUCGCAUCAUUGCUCCGCCACAACGAAAAUAUUCGGUAUGGAUUGGUGGAAGUGUAUUAGCAUCACUAUCAACCUUUCAGCAUCAAUGGAUAACAAAACAAGAAUAUGACGAUAGUGGUGCUUCAAUUGUUCAUCGUAAAUGCUUUUGA